AUGGCCGCUCGUCUCUACCAUUUCCUCCCACUCGCGGCUCUCCUCCUGCUGGUCGGCGCUGGCGAUGUCGCCGCGGCGGGGAACGGGAAGGUGCCCGUGGCCCUCUACUACGAGUCGCUGUGCCCCGCCUCUGCGGACUUCGUGGUGAACCACCUCGCCAAAAUAUUCAAGGACGGCCUCCUCGACGCCGCGGACGUCAACCUCGUCCCCUACGGCAACGCCAAGGUCCGCGUGAACGGCGCCAUCUCCUGUCAGCAUGGCCCGUACGAGUGCAUUCUGAACAACGUGGAGGCUUGCGCCAUCGACGCCUGGCCGGAUGUGAAUGUGCAUUUCGGUUUCAUCAACUGCGUGGAGGACCUGGUGGUGAAGAACAAGCGCGAAGAGUGGGAGUCCUGCUUCGAGAAACAGGGGCUUGACCCCAAGCCUGUCAUGGAGUGCUACAACAGUGAGCGUGGCCAGAAGCUUUCGCUCAAGUACGGGAAACAAACCGAUGCGCUCGUGCCUCCGCACAAGUACGUUCCCUGGGUCGUGGUUGAUGGCCAGCCGCUCUACGACAACUUCGAAUCUUUCAUCUGCAAGGCGUACAAGGGCCAUCCUCCCAAGGCUUGCCAGGGGCUGAGCCGUCAGUACCCGAUCAUGCAGCAGGUGGUGAAGGCAGGCAACGGUGUCAGCUACAACUCCGCUGAUCUCGAGGAGCUCGAUGAGAGCGUCGACGGCGAGAUUGAGAUGGUUCGGGAUGAUGGCAAUUGA